AUGAUCGGGAGGGCGAGCGAAGUCGGCAAAGAUGCAAGAACCUGGUGGAGGCAGGAAGCAUCAACGACCCAGCAUCACCUGAGGAACUGGAAGGUAUCCCACAAUGCUGAGGGAGGACAGGGCCUCCAUAGGCUGAAAGCCAGACAUAGGGAACCCAGACACAAUUUCCAUGUGAAAGAGGGGAUGGAACAGGAUGGAUCCGGUUACCUAGGGCAGAUUUCAGUGAUGCUGUGGGUGGUGGCAUCAUUGCUUAUGUUGGCUGAAGAUGUGUUUUCUGAAGAAGACAAUAAAGAGGCUCAGUCAGACCUCCAGCGCGUCCUCAGGCAGCCCUCCUGGUCUCCCUCAGAGGAUCAAAAACAGGACAGAAGCUUCCACACACUCUGGCCUGAAGCCCUGGAUGAGUGGUCACAUGAAGAAGAAGUUUCACAGAGCAGAUGGCCGCGAUCUCCUCAUGAACCAAACCCACCCAGAACAUCAAGGAGGAACCGCAAGAAGCACAAGAGCAGCCGGGACUGCCACUUAGAAAAGAAGGAGAUGCGUGUGCGUGAUCUCGGUCUUGGCUAUGACUCAGAUGAGAUUAUCCUCUUUAAGUAUUGUGUUGGCACAUGCUACAGCUCCCGCAAGAACUAUGACUUGGCCCUCAAGUCACUUUUGGACAAUGGGAGCAUCACUGGAAAGAAGAUCAGCAGUCAACCUUGUUGUCGACCCACCCGCUAUGAAACUGUGUCCUUCAUGGACACCCAGACGACAUGGCAGACGAUUAAGUGGCUCUCUGCCGCCAACUGCAGCUGUGUGGGAUGA